AAGUUGGACAUGUCAAAUAACAUUUCUCUAUUUUAAAUUUAUUUAAGAAAAUAAAAAUUUACAGAAAAAUUUAGACAGUUUGAUUUGGAUCAAACGUCUAAAAGGAGGUUAAAAACCAUUUAUUUAAGAUGACGAAUGAUUCGGACGAAUUGGUUUAUUUGUGUGCGAGAGAGAAAGAGUUCACUCUCCACUCACUCGUCACUUUGUUGGGGUUUUUGUUUUUCCUUACAAACAAACAAUACUAACUGAAACUUGGGAGGAGUACACUACAUUUUCACAAUGAGUACUGUUGGAUACAGGUCAGAUGAGGAAUGCUCUGUCAUAGGGGAAAAGGCUGAAAUCGGAUUUCUAGAUUUUGAGGAAGAGAGAUCUGUUUGCAGUUACGUUCCUGAUGAUGGGGCUCCGGUAAUCGUAUCUGUCCCGUUUGCAUUUGUGAAUGGGAAGCCUCAAUCAGUAUCUGUUGGAGAAACUGCUGUUGAAUUAAUAACCAUUAAUAAUACUACUGAUCAACCAGUGGACCUGUGGAGUGUUCAUAUUUUUGCCUCAAACCCUCCGGACUCUUUCACUCUUUCUCUCACUGAGCCUCCGCCGGAAAAUUCAAAUGCUGAGAGCUUUAUAGAAUCUUUUAGGGUGGAAGACAGGAUGCUUCAGCCUGGCGAGAUCUUAAAAAUAUGGUUGUCUUGCAAGACCAAAGACAUGGGCAUGUACUCAUCUGUUGUGUAUUUUGACGUGGGAGAUGAUAAAAUUGAAAGGGUGGUUUUCCUCUUAGUUGAAGACAAGAUCUCAAAAUCUCUGAUUUCCAACAGACCUUAUUCAAAAGGAAGAAGGAAAGACAAAUUUGUUGUAGAUGCUUUUGUUCCUGGCGCACGCCCUGCAGGGAAGACAAAUCGGAAAUACGUAAAUAGGCUCCCAAGAUAUGAAGUUCCCAAGGAUAUUAGACUCCUGCUCGAGGACAACCAGGUCCCUCAAGUCAUUGAAGACGGUCUUACAAAAAGGAGUUAUGGGUCUUAUUUCAAAACACUAAUAAUUAUGGAAGAGAUACAAUUAGAGGAUGAUAUGAGGACUUAUGACAUGGAAUGUGUAACUAUGCGACGGAGAGGAAAUAAUUUUUUGUCCAUGGAGGUUCCCGGGCUUGCUGAGAGAAGGCCAUCACUGGUGCAUGGGGAUCAUAUCUUUGCCAAGCUGGCUUCUGAACAGGACCAAAAUUCUGCACCUAUUUAUCAGGGAUUUAUUCACAGGGUUGAGGCUGAUGAGGUCUAUUUGAAGUUUGAUCCUGAAUUUCACCAUUACCAUAGAGAUGAAGAUCUCUACAAUGUCCACUUCACGUACAAUAGGCUCAAUAUGAGAAGGUUAUAUCAAGCCGUUGAGGCAGCAGAAAACUUAGGAACUGACUUUCUCUUUCCAUCUUCAUUCAGAAGAAGGUGCAUUAAAACCACUAAUCUGGUUCCCAUAUCUGGUUCUUUAAAUGAGGAGCAAAUGUCUUCAAUCAAAAUGAUUUUGGGUUGCAAAGGGGCACCACCUUAUGUGAUUCAUGGGCCUCCCGGUACGGGGAAGACUAAGACAAUAGUGGAAGCAAUCCUCCAGCUCUACCAACAUCAUAAGAAUACUCGCAUUCUUGUCUGCGCCCCCUCAAACAGUGCAGCAGACCACAUACUGGAGAAACUCCUUGCUGAAAAGGAUAUUGAAUUUCGUGAAAAUGAAGUAUUUAGGCUCAAUGCCACAGCCAGGCCUUAUGAGGAUGUGAAACCUGAAUUUCUCCGCUUCUGCUUCUUCGACGAGAUGAUAUUUAAGUGUCCCCCGGUCAGUGCCCUCAAGCAUUAUAGGAUUGUGGUAUCCACAUAUAUGAGUGCCUCUCUUCUUUUUGCAGAAGAUGUUGCCCGUGGUCACUUCUCUCACAUGUUCUUGGAUGAGGCUGGCCAAGCUUCAGAACCUGAAACCAUGAUCCCUAUAGCCCAUCUCUGCAGAAGGGACACUGUUGUUGUUCUGGCUGGAGACCCAUUGCAGUUGGGCCCAGUAAUAUUUUCCAAGAAAGCAGAAGAGUACCAAUUCGGGGUUUCUUUCUUGGAACGAUUGUUUAGAUGUGAGUUAUAUGGCAGUGGAGAUGCCAAUUAUAUAACAAGACUUGUUAGAAACUACCGAUGUCACCCUGAAAUUCUCUACCUCCCUUCAAAGCUGUUCUAUUAUGGGGAAUUGAUGGCAUGUAGAGAUCCCACAACUUUCACGAUCACUGCAGAAUUUCUCCCUAAUAAGGAGUUCCCUGUUCUUUUCUUUGGUAUCCAAGGAUGCGAUGAAAGAGAAGGGAAUAACCCAUCAUGGUUCAACCGAAUCGAAGUAAGCAAGGUUGUAGAAACGGUAAGGAAGUUGAUAGCUGGUGGCAAAAUAGGAGAGGAGGAUAUUGGCAUUAUAACUCCAUAUAGGCAACAAGUGUUGAAAAUAAAGCAGACACUUGAAAAUCUAGAUAUGCCUGAUGUCAAAGUUGGCAGUGUUGAGCAAUUUCAGGGACAAGAAAAAGAUGUUAUCAUUGUAUCAACUGUUCGAUCAACCAUCAAACACAAUGAGUUUGACAGAGUUCACUGUCUGGGCUUUUUGAGCAACCAUAGAAGGUUUAAUGUGGCUAUAACCCGUGCUAUAUCAUUGCUGGUUAUAAUUGGGAACCCCCAUAUUAUAUGCAAGGAUGAUCAUUGGAGCCAAAUGUUGUGGCACUGUGUGGACAAUUCAUCCUAUCAGGGUUGUGCUCUUCCAGAAAGGAUAGAACGUUUUGAGGAGGACCUUGGAGAGGACUCUGGCUUUGGCUUCAAUGAAGAUAACACAUGGCCCUCUAACAAUGGAGAAUUCGGCCAAGAUUCCUCCCAGUCAGAGCUCCCUAAACCUGUCACUGAUGAAGCUGGAUGGUCUGAUGGCUGGAAUUCAUACCCCUCUAACAACGUAGAAUCUUGUCAAGAUGGCUGGAACACAUAUUCUUCUAACAAUGUAGAAUCUGGCAAAGAUGGCUGGAACACAUACCCCUCUAACAAUGUAGGAUCUGGUCAAGAUUCUUUCCAGUCAGAGCUCCCUAUACCUUGCACCAAUGAAGAUGAAUGGUCUGAUGGCUGGAAGUAGUCCAACACAUCAUACUUGGGCUCUCGACAUUCAUGUUUAUACUUUUUUUUUUGGCAAUUAGUUUAUGCUGACUUUAAAAUCAUGCGCGUUUUGAAAUUGAGGCGGGAAAAAGACCUCUCCCGGUUUAUAUCCUUUAUGCUGCUAAGUUUAUUAUGAUGGUGAAUAGAGAAAAAGAAAAUAGAGGGAAUUUUUAUUUUUUAAAUAGUUGAUCUAAUACAAACAUUGAAUCUUGAGGAUUGAUUAAUUAGAUGAUGGUAAACUGGUAACUUGAUUAUUUGAUGCCAUCGACAAAUUUUAUGGUAUAUAUCUAACUUAUGGAAUUAUUGCAAGGGACAAA